UGUCGUCUUGGGGCAUUAAAUUGUUAAUUGAUACCAUAAUGGGGUUACUUUACUCGCCAUUGAAAUUGUAUCAGUGCCCAAUCAGAGGUACUAAGCAUCAUGGCUUGUUCCUUUUGGCUAAAAUGCAUCCUGUCAGCCAUUGUUAUGCUCAUUAUUUCUCCCAAAAUCACAGCCCAACAACCCAAAUAUCGCUACCACAUAUGCACAAACACCUCAACUUUCACUCCCAAUAGUGCCUUCUCAAGAAACCUCAAUCAAACUCUUUCUUCUCUCCUCUCAAAUGCCACCCUUAGCAAUGGAUUUCACAACACCACCACUGGUGGCCUGCAGGACCCUGAUAGAGCCAAUGGCCUCUUUCUUUGUAGAGGAGACAUCUCUCCUGAGUUAUGCCAAAGUUGUGUCAAGGCCUCUAGUGAAAAUAUCAUAACCCUUUGUCCAAACCAGAAGCAGGCAAUUAUUUGGUAUGAUGAGUGCAUGUUGAGGUACUCAAACCGGUCGAUUUUCGCCGUUAUGGAAGAGGAACCUGGUGCUUAUCUGUGGAACAUAAACAAUGUUACAAGUCCAAGUGAGUUUAAUGAGACUUUGGGUAAUUUGAUGACCACUUUGGUGAAUGAGGCUGUGGGUUCUAGCAACUUUUUUGCAACUGAAGAUAUGAAUUUAACAACUUUUAGUAGGCUAUAUGGGCUGGUGCAAUGCACUCCUGAUAUUUUUUCAUCAGACUGCAACAUAUGUUUGACUGCUUGUGUUGGAGAGAUUCCUACAUGUUGUAAUGGGAAGAAAGGAGGUAGAGUUUAUAAGCCCAGUUGCAAUAUCAGGUUUGAAAGUUACCCUUUUUACACUGAGGCCUCUCAACCCCCUCUAUCUCCUCCUACAAACGCCACUCCUCCACCAUCACCUCCACUGCCACCAGCAACGGCGACAAAUUUCGGUGGAAAUAGGCAGAUCUCCUCAGAGACAAUUAUUGCAAUUACAGUUCCAGCGUCAUUUGUCUUCAUAAUAAUUUUAUCCACUUCAUGCUAUUGUGUCCUACGUUGGAAAGAAAGAAGAAAGUACAAAGCUGUAAAAGAUCAUGGAAAUGCUGGAAAUGAGAUUUCAGUGGUGGAAUCUUUACAAUUAGACUUGCAUUCCAUUGUAGCUGCAACAAACAAUUUCUCUGAUGGAAACAAGAUUGGUGAGGGUGGAUUUGGCAGUGUGUACAAGGGUACACUUAAUAAUGGACAGAUGGUAGCUAUUAAGAGGCUAUCAAGAAGCUCAGGUCAAGGAUUAGAAGAAUUUAGGAAUGAGGUUGUAUUGGUAGCCAAGCUUCAACACAGAAAUUUAGUGAGGUUAUUGGGAUUUUGUGUAGAAGAAGAGGAGAAAAUACUUGUCUAUGAAUUUGUGCCCAACAAAAGCCUUGACUACUUCCUUUUUGGUUUGAUCCUUUUCCUUUAGAUCAAUAUCAUAUAAUAAGUACUUCAAUGUCUCACCUCACAGUUAAGUUGUAUUAUUUUGAUGGAUGUAUGUACAGAUCCUAAAAAACAAGGGCAAUUGGAUUGGUCGAUGCGUUGCAAGAUUAUAGGAGGAAUUGCUCGAGGAAUCUUGUAUCUGCACGAGGAUUCUAGACUCAAAAUCAUACAUCGUGAUCUCAAAGCCAGUAACAUUCUGCUGGAUGAAGACAUGAACUCAAAGAUUGCAGAUUUUGGCAUGGCGAGGAUUUGUGGGAUGGAUCAGAGUCAAGGAAAUACAAACAGAAUUGUUGGCACAUAUGGUUAUAUGCCCCCAGAAUAUGCAUUACACGGACACUUUUCGGUUAAGUCUGAUGUGUACAGCUACGGAGUUUUAAUAUUGGAGAUCAUAAGCGGCAAAAAGAACAGCUCUUUCUAUCAAUCGGACUAUUCCGAAGACCUCUUGAGCUAUGCAUGGAGACUUUGGAGGGAUGGAACACCAUUGGAGCUAAUGGAUCAAGCUCUAGGCAAUUCUUUUCAGCGAAAUGAGGCCACUAGAUGCAUCCAUAUCGGAUUAUUGUGCGUUCAAGAAGAUACAGUAGACAGACCAAUGAUAGCAACCGUAGUGCUCAUGCUUAACAGUUUUUCGGUCACGCUACCAUUACCAAAACGGCCCGCAUUCUUUGUUCGUAGCACAACAGGGCAGAGUAUGCCAGAAAUGGGUCCAGAAUCAGUUCAAUCUUCAAGCAAAUCCAUGCCAUCAUCUAUAAAUGAUGUGUCCAUCACUGAACUUUACCCUCGUUAGCACAAGGAAUAGGGG